AAAAAUCUUGUCUUUGUCUAGUAUCAAUAGUGUGAGAAUCAGUGUUUGAUGGUAAAAGAACUUUAUUUUGCAAUACAGAUAGUAACAACAAAAAUAUAUAUUGUGAUUCAAGUGAUAAAAUAUUUGAUUCUUUAAAUAUGUUUCUACACGAAACUCUAUUGCCAUAUCCCAACAUCGCUCUGACAGCUGUGAAGCUAACUGCUUACUUCAUUUGAUACUGUGGGUAUGAAUGACUGCUGAGUCUAUAUAAAUUAUGAUAUAACAUCCAAGUAGUCAAAGGGCAGCAGUUCAUCCCAGACACACUGACAUGACAUAAUGUUGCUUUGAUACAGGACUAUUGGGUCUUGCUGGUACAUAAGGCCCUGGUUGGGAGAGUUGUUUUUGAUGUGAAGCAAAGCUACAACACCAACAGCCAUAUUCAUAUGUUCUGCCAUUGUACACACCAUUACACAACUUGGCUGUUUGGGGAGGCAGUCAGCUACAAACAUGGGGCCAUCAUGUGCUUCGGCAUCAACUACUGGAACACCAAGGUCAAGAUCAUUUUGAAGCUUGGUUCCACAGGGCAGAGGAAUGAGGAAGUCCAUCAGUACCUGUUAACAUCUGCUGGAAAUGGACAGAAAUCAAGCGAAACACUUCUGAAUGUAAAACCUUUAAAUCUUGAGGAUGAAGGUAUGCUGCCAGUCCUGUCUCCAAAUAUCCAUCACACAGGACAGAAUAUUGUUGACACUCCCUCCCAGGAGUAUGCAACUCAAUGCUAUUGGCGGGCAACACA